AUGGAAGAAAAUGGAGAAUCACCCGAAAUCGAAGCUAACGAUGCGUCAAACAUACAGGAUGUUGUAGCGGUUGAUGACGAUUAUUAUUUGAGGCCUGAUACUUCCCUACACUAUGCAAACGAUUUGGUAGAACCUCAAUUUAAUUAUCAGUAUGAUGCACUGAAUAUUAGGGGUCAUAGCCCUGAACAAAAGGUUAUUUCGUCCUUAAGGAUUUUAGGAUAUGACAGACCUCCAGAUUUUAAUGAUGAGUACCUUCGCAUUGGCAAAACAACUGCAUACAAGUAUCUUGCGUUGUUUUGCGAAAGAAUGAUCAAUCGUUUUGGUCCUACCUAUUUACGAAAACCAACUGAUGCAGAUGUUAGAGAAAUAUUAAAGCAAAAUCAGGAAAGGGAAUUUCCCGGAAUGCUGGAUAGUCUUGACUUCAUGCAUUGGGUAUGGACCGGACGCCCUACCUAUUGGGCCGGUCAGUAUAAAGGUCACUAUGGAAAACCAACGGUUAUCCUUGAGGCUAAUGAUUCUUAUGAUUUUUGGAUAUGGCACGCUUUUUUUGGUCUCCCGGGAUCUCAAAACGAUAUAGAUGUUUUACACAAAUCGCCUUUGUUUGAAGAUUUAAAGUAUGGAAUUUCUCCUCGGGAAACUCGUCGUAAUAAGAAUUGGACUAACCGUCAAGAUGAAGACUUAAGGCUUGAGGUUAUACAUACAAGAGGAUUACCUGCAAAGAACUAUGCGCAAAUGACCAGUCAUAUUGAGAACAGAACUCUGUAUAACAGGUUGAGGGAAGAUCUCAAAGCGAAUGUGUGGCCUGACUUUGGAAGAGAUGGAGGACGAAUUGAGUAG